GACUAUGACUGUAUGGCCUCGUUUUAUAAUAAUUAUUACAACAGUCUUGCCAGCGGCACCGACUCUUGCACCUGCUCUAGGCCAUGCAGUGAAUCUGUUUACCAAGCCACCGUUACAAGUCGGCCCUGGCCUUUGCUUGAAGAAGUGAGAGAGUUCGAAAAGCAAGCUUGUGAUGCCAGCCGACACAGCCCCAAGUGUCGAUACAAGGACAAAAACUUUACCUUUGAUACCUACGAGCUCCGCAGAUCUUCCUUCAUGAGGUUACAAGUGUACUAUGAUCGUUUGAACUACGAGAUUAUCGCAGAGAAGCCUGAGUAUGAGCUGGAAGGGUUCCUGGCUGACAUUGGCGGCACCCUGGGCUUGUGGAUCGGAGCGUCGGUGCUGGGACUCGCGAGCUUCUGGAGAUCGUCAUCCUGCUGCUCGUGCGGUGCCACAGGGCGAAUAAAACGUCACGUGACUACCACGUGACAUCGCCUGCCUCACCUGUGACAACAAAAAACUAGACAACAACUCCUUGCUACUAUCCUUUGUUAAUGAAAACCUCUUACGUUUCUAGAUUUCCGCCUGUCAUGUAAUUUUUUAUUUGUUUACAGCCAACUCGUGCUGACGUCACCUGUCACGUGCAAAGGACUUUCGCAUUCAGAUGUGACAUCCUUGUUUGACUACAGAAUUAGCGUUGUAUUAGCUGGAUAUACAAGGGUACCGCUGUUGCUAAUUGAGUGACCCUGUUUAAAAGGAGCAUGACAUAUUGUACUACUGUGUGAGUGUGUGAGUGCGUGCAUGCGUGUCACAAGGGAGAAAAAGUAAGUGUCUGUGUUUUGUAUGGGGAAUGUAUGCUGUUCAUUUGGUCCAAGAAUUUUUUUUAAAUUAACAAAAUAAAGGACUAGUUUAGUGCAGCGGUUCU